UAAUUUAAAAUUACUUUUAAACUGUAAAAUAAGCACAUGGUGCAAUUCAUAUUAAUGUAAAGCACAUUUGUUCACUUUUUAUUGUAUUCUUAAAGUCAAAGUUUAUCUUCAAGUGUGCUUAGGAUUAAGUAGGACUCAUCACCAUGGAUGAAGAACAAAUCAAGAUUGCCAAUCAAUUGGCAAGGAAAAUUACAUUUAUGGUCACUUCUCUUAAGGCUAUGAAAUCAUUUGCAGCUGAAAGUCCAGAUGUCAUCAACAGGAAUCAAGUUCACAGUCGAAUAGAUGAACUGAAUGCCAUGAGUCAGUCAUUUGAGGAAUUGCAAGACAAGUUGGAAUUGUUGGAGAAUAAACCUGACGAGGAAAGAAUUGAAGAACGACUCAACUUCCAAUCAUUAAUGAUGGAUGUCAAGGCAUGCUUGAAAGGAAUGUUGGACAACAAUUCAAUUGACUCAAUCUCAGAAACAACGUCGGCAGGUAGGGAAGGGAGAAACAGAACACUUCGGCUACCAGCUAUUGAAAUACCAAUCUUUGAUGGAAACUUACAGAACUGGACCUCGUUCAUAGACAGUUUCAAUGCUGUGUUCCACGAUCACCCGGACUUGGAACCAGUACAGAAAUUUCAAUUUCUAAAAUCACACCUAACUGGGACUGCAAGUGACGUUGUAAAAACCAUUCCUCUCACGAAUGACAAUUACAGACAAGCAUAUGCUAAGCUAGCUGAGCGAUAUGAAAAUCCAGGACUCAUCAUUCAGUCCCAUAUCCGAGCUCUGUUCGACACACCUAAGGUACAGUUUGCGUCGGCAAGUCAACUACAUCAAUUACACCACCACGUCGUCACUAACGUACGUGCCUUGGAGUCACUGAGACAACCAGUAAAGGAAUGGGAUGCAUGGUUAGUAACAUUGUUAUGCUGUCGUCUUGACAACAUCACGGUGUCUGAAUGGCAAUUAAGACAAACGUCAAAACAAUUACCUACAUUCACUGAAUUAGAGCAAUUUCUAUCAAACAGAGUAAAUGCCUAUGAGGCAGGUGAGAUAGCAAUUGGGUCAAUAGUUAAUGACAAGCACUCAAAGAUUAAGGCAACAAAAAACCAAGGGACCAAAGCAUGUUUCGUUGCUCAAGAAGUAAAGAACAGCCAGUGUCCAAUCUGUAGCCACAAACAUGAAAUCUAUAGAUGCUUCAAGUUCAAGAACAUGACUGUCUUAGAGCGUCAGGAAGCUGUUCGCAAGCAAAAUCUAUGUUUUAACUGCUUAUCAACUGGACACUCUUAUUCAAGUUGUACAGCUGGCAAAUGUAGAAAUUGUAGCAAGAAGCACAAUACUCUGCUACACAGUGACACAAUUUCAAGCACUGAACCAGAUCAACAAUCACCGGCUCAGUCAAGUCCAGAGACACCUACUCCUCCUGUUGAGCCUCAAGGAGCCCCCCGAGUACUUUGUGCACAUAGUCAAAAUAACAGUCAUGUACUACUUGGAACAGCAAUAGUGAAUAUUGAAAAUAGUACAGGCAGGUUAAUAAAGGCACGAGCGGUACUCGACAGUGGUUCACAAAUCAAUUUAAUUUCAACCAAAUUAGCAAAUAAAUUGAAUGUUCAAAAACAUAAAGGCACAAUGCCUAUCUGUGGAGUUGGAUCUUCUGUGAUGAACACAUCAAGCUGGAUACAUGGACAAUUGCAUUCAUUGCAUUCCAAAUACUCAAAAAAGGUAGAAAUGUCCAUCAUCAGUGCCAUUACGCAUCAACUUCCUGCAGUAUAUAUCAAUGUCAUCCAAUGGCAAUUACCAGAGCAUGUUCAAAACAACCUAGCCGAUCCAGAGUUUUAUAAACCAGGUAAUAUUGAUCUGUUGCUGGGAGCAGAACUGUUUUUUGACCUGCUCGGAAAUGAACAAGUAAAGGUAAACAAUCAAUUAGUUACUAUUCGCAACACCAAGCUGGGGUGGAUAGUAUCUGGAAAGGUAAAUCAAGCUCAACGCCCGGUACCAUCAAUGUGUUUACUGUCAUCAAUCUAUAGCAAUGACGACAAACCUUCUACCCUGUGCAACGAAGCAGUGGAAUGCGAAGAGCACUUCAGGUCCACAUACACUAGAAACAAAGAAGGACGUUUCAGUCUCAAGCUUCCUAUCAAGGACAAAUCAAUUCUAGGAUCUUCAUACGACAUGGCUCGUCGACGAUUCUUUAGUUUGGAAAAACGAUUGUCACAAGACAAUGAGUUACGUUCAAGAUACAUCAUAUUUUUACAGGAAUAUGAAGCGUUAGGGCACAUGUCACAAAUUAAAAAUGUUGAUGCAGUACAUACCAACUGUUAUUAUCUACCACAUCAUGCAGUGUUGCGAGCAGAGAGCCUCACAACCAAAACAAGAGUUGUCUUUGAUGCAUCUGCCAAGACCACCAGUGGUAAAUCUCUAAAUGAUAUGCUGAUGAAUGGUGGAGUUGUCCAAGAUGAUUUGGUAUCAAUAUUAUUACGGUUUAGAAUGCACAGAUUUGUCAUGACUGCAGACAUUGAGAAAAUGUACAGACAGAUAUUAAUUGAUCAAGAACAUAGGAACUACCAAAGAAUACUAUGGAGAGAUUCGCCGGAAAAGGAAUUGCUACAUUUUCAACUCAACACAGUAACUUAUGGAACGACAUCAGCUCCUUUCCAAGCUACACGGUGUUUACAAGAACUUGCAAACAUAAACAAAGCAAAACAUCCACAGGCAGCUCAAGUCAUCAGACAAGAUUUCUAUGUCGACGACCUAAUAACAGGUUCUCAUUCAAUCAGCAGAUGUCAAGAAAUCCAAAGAGAAGUCACUAUGAUACUCCAGUCAGCAGGAAUGACUCUUCGUAAGUGGUGUGCUAAUAGUCCGCAACUAAUCGUUAACAUAGCAAACACAAACGAUGAUCCUCAUGUCAUGCUUGAAUUAAAUGACAAUGAUACAACUAAAACACUUGGUUUAGUAUGGAACCCAAGGGAUGAUCAACUUCUGUUUAAGGUGUCGCCUCAUGCAAAGGGACAUUUAUUCACCAAACGCACAUUACUGGCAGACUUAAAUCGUGUUUUUGAUCCAUUGGGAUUUCUGGCACCAGUUUUGAUUAGUGGAAAAAUAUUUAUUCAGCAAUUAUGGCAACUGCAGCUUGAUUGGGACACUGUUCUUCCAGCUGACAUGUCUCAACGCUGGCAAAAUUACACUAAUGAACUUUGUCAGAUUGAUCAGCUCAAGGUAGUGCGCAAGGUGAAAGAUCAUCCGUGCAACAGUUUCGAAUUACAUGGGUUUUGUGACGCCUCCAUGAACGCAUAUGGAGCUUGCAUUUAUGUAAGACAAUUACAACCGGACAACACCUUCACAUGUCAUCUUCUGAUCGCGAAGGCUCGAGUAGCACCUCUAAAGGCAUUGUCAAUUCCAAGGUUGGAAUUGUGUAGUGCUCAUGUGUUGGCAACGUUGAUGGCUAAAGUGAGAAGGACAUUAGAUGUAAGCUCAAAUUGUUGUACAUGUUGGACAGAUUCAUCAGUUGCAUUAACAUGGAUCCGAGGAAUCUCAAGUCAAUGGAGCACCUUUGUUGCAAAUCGUGUAUCUGAAAUUCAGACAUUAACAGAAGAAAUGACUUGGCAACAUGUAAGGACGAAGUUCAAUCCUGCAGAUCUAACGUCCCGAGGUGUAAAGGUACAAGACCUAUUACACUCAAAUCUCUGGUGGUACGGUCCAACCUUUCUCCAGCAGCCGAAAACAGAGUGGCCGGCAGAAUGUUCAUCCGCACCAUCAAGUGAACUCCUUGAAAAACGUCCAGUUCAGUUUGCGCUCUUGGUUCAAACGCAAGAAAACAGUAUUCUAGCUAAAUACUCAAGUUGGACAAAAUUAAUUCGCAUUACAGCAUAUUUGAAAAGAUUUAUACACAAUACCCACCAUAAAUGUCGAGACAGUCUCAUUGGUCCACUGUCAGUUACAGAAUUAAAAACUGCCAGAGACGUAUGGAUACGGAUUGCUCAAACAGAGGCUUUCUACGAUGAAGUCAAGUCGCUUAAACAAGGCAAGUCAUUAUCAUCACAUAGUAAACUUAUCACAUUAAGUCCAUUUCUGGAAGAAGGCAUCAUCAGAGUGGGUGGACGGUUGCAACGAUCACACCUACCCAUCAACCAACGUCAUCCAGCAAUUCUACCAAAGAAGCACACCGUUACAGAACUAAUUUUCACAGAAUAUCAUAUAAAGUAUCUGCACGCCGGUCCCCAAAACCUCUUGACAAGGGUACGUCAAGAAUAUUGGCCACUUGAUGCAAUGAAAACUGCUAGACGAAUUGUGCAUUGUUGUCAAAUCUGCUAUCGUGCAAGACCCCAGUCAUUUCAGCCCAGCAUGGGAGAACUACCUCGGCUCAGGGUAACGCCCAGCAGACCUUUCACAGCAACGGGUGUAGAUUUCGCUGGCCCAAUACAAAUAUAUUCUGGUCCAAGAAAUCGAACCGUAACCAAGGCUUACAUUGCAGUAUUUGUGUGCUUCAGCACGCGUGCGAUUCACCUCGAAGCAGUGAGUAAUCUCUCAGCACAAGCCUUUUUGGCUGCAUUACGUAGAUUCUUCGCACGAAGAGGUCAAAGUGCUCAUAUUCACUCUGACAACGGAACCAAUUUCCACGGCGCCAGGGCAGAGUUGAGGCGUUAUUACACAGAGCACUGUCAGAACAACAAAACCAUAAUUGAGUCCCUAGCAACAGAUGGUACUGAGUGGCAUUUUAAUCCACCCAGUGCACCACAUAUGGGCGGACUAUGGGAGGCGGCAGUAAAGUCUACCAAACACCAUCUUCUACGCAUCACAGGGUCAGCCAAACUAAACUUUGAAGAACUAACCACCAUGCUCUGUCAAAUUGAAGCAUGCCUAAACAGUAGACCACUGACAGCACAGUCUAGUGACCCAGAAAGUUUUACUGUGCUGACACCUGCUCACUUUUUAGUAGGUGGUUGUCUGACUCUACCUCCUGAACCUCAGCAUCCAGAACAACCUGUCAAUUACUUGAAACGAUGGCAACUAGUCCAAGGCAUGACUCAAGGAUUUUGGCGACGGUGGUCGUCCGAAUAUCUUAGAUCUCUCCAACCACGGACACGUUGGACCACGGCUGACAAACUCUCAAUAAAGAUUGGCGAUCUGGUGCUAGUCAUUGAAGAUAAUCAACCACCUCUCAAAUGGCAUCUUGGUCGAGUAAUGAAGCUGCACCCUGGUUUAGAUAGCAUUGUAAGAGUUGUGACCAUUCAGAUGUCGGGCGGCAGAAUGUUCCAGAGACCCAUCGUCAAAUUGUGUCCACUGCCAUAUGCUGCCAACGAUGAAGUUCCUCCAUCCCUUCAGGAGGGGGAGAAUGUUAUGGCUUAAUCAAAUUUAUAUUUGAUUCCCCAGCCAGCAAUAAAUUUGUAAAAUAAUUGUAUAUAAGUCUGUUUGCGACCCAAGGUCGCGGGGAAGAUGAGAUAGCAGCUUAUCAGUAGGUUUCUAUAUCACAAUGUUUGUAGUAAUUAACUUAUCAAAAAAGUAGUCGUAUCUAGUCAUCAUCGUUUCACUUUUCGUUCCUAACUUUGUAAAUUUUAAAAUCAACGGACAUGAGGCAGCAGUUUUACGUAGCAUCGUUCUCUUUUUCUUUUGGUGCUCGAGCAAUGCGGUCAUGUGUACACAUACAAUUUCCAGCAUCAGUCAUUGUCAUUUUGGUUUCUUUCUUUGUAAUUCGUCUUCAAAGGGAACAAUUUCCUCAAGUUCUGUGGUUAGCACCGCAUGCAGUCUUCGGCGUCUAGGAUGACACGAGGUAUACUUUGACUGUUCGUCUGUUUACCUGCCCUGCUGCACGGUCAUGGUUGGCUCAACGCUCAGCGUUCCCGGUAGUCGGUACUGGUAGCAGAUUCAGUGUUGUCUAUGGUGAGAGGUGACUUCUGUGAGUAGGUUAGCGGUGGUACUGUGUGUGUGCGGGAUCACACCUGUUAUUUUUAUUGUAUUUAAAUAGUUACCUACAGAUCCCGGCACCACGCACCCCAUAACCUCACAAUAGGUAGGUGGUGCACCACAACAUUUUUUAUAUUGUUAAUUUAUUAUCUGUGCCAUCAGGCCAGAAUCACUCAUUGUAAAUUAUCAUCUGUGCCGCCAGGCCAGACAUAAUAUUCACAUUUUUAUAUUGUUAAAUUAUUAUCUGAGCUAUCAAGCCAGAGUUUUAGCUUCACUGUUAUAUUGUUAAUUAUUCUCUGUGCCCUCAGGCCAGAAUCACUCGUUGUUAAUUUAUCAUCUGUGCCACCAGGCCAGACACAUAAUAUUUUAAAAUCAUUAUAUUGUUAAAUGUUAUCUGUGCUUGUCAGGCCAGAAACAUCAUUUAUUUAAACUGUUUAUAUUUGUGCCAUCAGGAAAAACUUGUAUUAUGUAUUUAAAUAAUGUAAAGCGAAUUAAAUGCUAUCUAGUUUAUAUAACAACA